AUGUCGUCAUCGCCCGUCCAGACUGCCACCCCCGUCUCCGGUGAAAAGCGCAAGAGAGGCCGCCCACGGAAGUACCCCGAGGGCCAAGGGCCCCAGCCGACCCCCGGCCCCAAGAGAGGUCGCGGUCGUCCCCGCAAGGAUCCCAAUGCUCCCGACACUCCCUCCAAGCCCAACACCCCCCGCGAUGGGAAGCGACCGGUAGGACGACCGAGGAAAAGCGUGAACGGGGCCGAUGUGGCGCGCCUGUCCAAGUCGGAGUCUGCGGACGCCAAGGCCGACGAGCCCAGCUGCUCAUACUGGCUCUUGAAGGCCGAGCCCGAGUCUCGCAUGGAGAAGGGCGUCGAUGUCAAAUUUUCCAUCGAUGAUCUGCAGGCCCGCACCAAGCCGGAGCCGUGGGAUGGUACAGCACGAAACCACAUCCGUGAAAUGAAGAAGGGCGACCUGGCCUUCUUUUACCACUCCAACUGUCGAACCCCCGGGAUUGUGGGUGUGAUGGAGAUUGUGCAGGAGCACUCGCCGGACGAAUCUGCCUUUGACCCCAAGCAUCCGUACUACGACGAGAAAUCGAACCGCGACGAGCCCAAAUGGUCCGUGGUCCACGUCGAGUUCCGCCGCAAGUUCGACAACCUGAUCUCCCUGACUGACCUCAAAGGUCACUCCGCCCCAGGUGGGCCGCUGGAGAACCUCCAGGUGCUGAAGCAAUCCCGAUUGAGCGUGUCCCCCGUGUCAGCCAAGGAAUGGAACUUCAUCCACAAACUGGUCGAGGAAGCUUCCGGGUCCACCGACGGCGCAGGCAGCGCGGAGGAAUCCAGUGAGUAA